AUGCUCUACCAUCGAGCGUUCCAGAAUUGUUACAGACAUACUAAACCAAAAGUAAUCUCCUUGUUCAAAUCACAGAACUUUUGUAUAUGUCACCGACAGAAUAUCUUGCCUAACAACUAUAGAACCCCAGUCUUCGCUAUGGACAAAGUUGAUACUACUGAUCGUCUUACUCGAUUGAGGGGACUGAUGCAAUCAUCUAAAAUAGAUAUUUACAUAAUUCCUUCUGAAGAUAGUCAUUCGUCAGAAUACAUAGCUCCAUGCGAUACUAGGAGAAGUUAUAUAACGGGAUUUACGGGGUCCGCCGGAUGUGCAGUCGUGACCCUCCAGAAAGCUGCGUUAGCUACAGAUGGACGAUACUUUAACCAAGCUACAAAACAGCUAGAUUCAAAUUGGCUAUUACUCAAGCAGGGUAUGCAGGGUGUACCAACCUGGCAGGAAUGGACUGCGGAACAGUCAGAAAAUGGAAUGAGAGUUGGGGUAGAUCCAACUCUCAUAACUGCCCCAGAUGCAAGAAAAUUGGCAGAUAAGAUAAAGAAACAAGGUGGCAGCAGCUUAGUGCCUAUUAAAACAAACCUUGUCGACCAGAUCUGGGGCUCUGAAAGGCCAGCGAAGCCAAUGGAGCCCGUAGUUGUUUUGGAUCAACAGUUUACGGGGAAAGAUAUUACAACAAAAUUGAAAGAUCUUCGCACCGAACUAGAGAAGAAAAAGAGUUGUGGUUUUGUUGUCUCUAUGUUGGAUGAAAUAGCCUGGCUAUUUAAUCUAAGAGGUAAUGAUAUUCCUUACAAUCCCGUUUUCUUCUCUUAUGCCUUGAUUACCUUGAAUACGGCUACUUUGUACAUUGAAUCAAGCAAGCUCAAUGAAAAGGCAAAAGAGUAUCUAAAAAAUAAUGGGAUUAAAUUACAGCCUUAUGAAAGCAUAUUUGAAGACUGUCAAGCAUUAGUAUUGUCUAUGUUUGGCGAGGCCAAUAACCAGCCUAGAGUCGAUACGAAAAAAAUUCUUAUAUCAACCAAGACAUCAUGGGCAUUGAAGGUUGCUUUAGGAGGUGAGUCAAACGUCGAAGAAAUUCGAAGUCCAAUUGGAGAUGCAAAGGCCAUAAAAAAUGAGACCGAGAUGGCCGGCAUGCGAGCUUGUCAUGUACGCGAUGGCGCAGCACUUAUCGAAUACUUCUCUUGGCUAGAACAAAAACUCUUGGUAGAAAAUGCUACAAUUGAUGAAGUAACAGCUGCCGAUAAACUAGAGGAGUUAAGAUCUAAGCAAAAAUACCAUGUCGGACUCUCUUUUGAUACUAUUUCAGCAACUGGACCUAAUGCUGCAGUCAUACAUUACUCACCUGAACGAGGGAACUGUUCGAUAAUUGAUCCCAAAGCCGUUUACCUCUGUGAUUCAGGUGCACAGUAUCUAGAUGGAACCACAGAUACAACUCGAACUAUACAUUUUAUGGAGCCUAGUGAGAUGGAGAAAAAAGCAUUCACACUCGUACUUAAAGGUAAUAUUGCACUUGACACAGCAAUCUUCCCCAAAGGUACCACAGGAUUUUCACUUGACACACUUGCGCGUCAAUUCUUAUGGGAAGAGGGCCUGGACUAUCGCCAUGGUACCGGGCAUGGGGUGGGCUCCUAUCUCAAUGUGCACGAAGGCCCUAUUGGGAUUGGUACCCGUAUUCAGUUCUCCGAAGUCCCACUUUCAGCUGGAAAUGUAAUUUCAAACGAACCUGGCUAUUAUGAAGACGGUGUAUUUGGUAUUCGGACUGAGAAUAUAGUAAUUGUCAAGGAAAUCCCAACAAAUCAUCAGUUUGGUGAAAAGCCAUAUCUUGGUUUUGAGCAUGUCACCAUGGUCCCUUACUGUCGGCGACUGAUUGAUGAAAAUUUACUCUCGCGCAAGGAGCGACAGUGGUUGAAUAAGUAUCAUGAGAUUAUUUGGGAUGCUACUGAGAAUUACUUUGAGGAAGGAAGUACUGCAAAGCAAUGGCUUAAGCGAGAGACAAUGCCGAUAUAA